AUACAAUGGUUGUAUAUAAAUUAGAAGAUAGCGCGAAAUUUGCAUUCUAUCUUAUGACAACAUUUUUCAAGGUGUGAAAAGGAUGUUGAUGUAAAUGGCUAGUGGUGGCACAAAAACUGAUGUUACAGCUGCGAUAGGUUGUUUCGUCCAAAAUGGAGACGGAAAAACUGUAUAUGCUGUAGUAUGUAAACACGUCACUUAUGCCGCAAAUAAGUUCAGUGUACGAGGUAUUCCAUUCGCAACAGUUACGCAGAAAACAAAGGAAACAAAGAAAACAAGGGAAACGACGCCAACGUUCAAUCACUUUGAUAUUGACCUUGUUAAGGUGAAAAUCAAUCAAGUUCAAAAAUGCAAACCCGUUUUCCGAGAUGCUCACGGAGAUAUUAGAAAGGCGCGUAUAUUCAAGGGAGAAUUAGGCAGUUUGGACCCAGUAUUUGCGUGUUUCAACAAUGCCAGAAAUGAGGACGAACGAAGAACAGGAAAAGUUUUACCAAUGUCUGAAGCAGAUGAAACCAUACGAGAUUGUUACAGUAGUGACACUCACUUUGUAGUAAAAGGUGACUCGUUUGCUACUGUAGGUCAUAGCGGAAGAGUCGUCGCUUACUACGAUGCCAAAAGUGAUGAGGGUUUCAUUGAGCUACUUGGUAUGAUAGUUCAUAAAACAGGAAGUCAGACAGUUUGUCUGAAACUACAUAAUGGAUUUAAACACCUGAAUGAGGAGUAUGGCUUUAACUUGUCAUUGUGCGAACCAGAAAACUACACAGGUGAUGAGAAUGCGUGCGUUGAGACAGGUGAUUAUAUAAACUUUUAAGUGUAAAAGAAUGAAUCAUAUUGUGAGUUUAGUACAUGUAUUCUGUGAACUGUCUCAAAAACAUUUUCAUUUUUCAUUAGUUUACGUUGUGCUUUGAUGAUAUUUCCGUCACACGAAACAGUAUUACAUUUUCCUUCCAUGGGCUUAACCUGUACGCUUUGUAUAUACACAACAUUUUUAGUUAAUUUCAUUUUAUAUCAAUAUAUUUUCUUUUCCAAAUUUUUAUGAUAUCUUUUAGUAAGAUGGGUGAUGAAUUAUAAUUUUGUGAUAAUAAUACAUAGCAAUUAUUCUUUUUUUACUUUACUUUACAAAAUGUAUACUUAAUCAAAAGUGAUCUCAACUGUAGAUUUAGAUUAGUGUUUUAUCAUAUUUUCUUGUUUUAUCUAUAUCUACUAUUUCAUUAAAUUCUUAAUCAUUUUA